AUCCCCCCUCAGGGCAAUUUGCAGUCCAAAAAACUGGAAUCUGAAGCUAAAUGGAGAUUGUACAUCAUAGCUUCGAAUACUGAUCUCAAUGUCCAAAGAAAUACCUACUAAACUAGGUUUCAUUAUUUUUCAGGUUUUCAGGAUGAAUCUGGAAAAACUCAGCAAACCAGAACUACUGACGCUGUUUAGCAUUCUUGAGGGAGAAUUAGAAGCAAGAGAUCUUGUCAUAGAGGCUUUAAAGGCCCAGCACAGGGACACGUUCAUUGAGGAACGCUAUGGGAAAUACAACAUCAGUGACCCACUGAUGGCUUUGCAGAGAGAUUUUGAGACCCUGAAGGAGGGGAAUCAUGGUGAAAAGCAGCCAGUAUGCUCCAAUCCUUUAUCUAUUUUGAAAGUGGUGAUGAAGCACUGCAAGAAUAUGCAGGAAAGAAUGUUAUCCCAACUAGCUGCUGCAGAAAGCAGACACAGAAAGGUGAUCCUGGACCUGGAGGAGGAGAGGCAGCGGCACGCCCAGGACGCGGCCGAGGGCGACGAUGUCACCUACAUGCUGGAGAAGGAGCGCGAGCGCCUCACCCAGCAGGUGGAGUUUGAAAAAUCCCAAGUGAAGAAGUUUGAAAAAGAGCAGAAGAAGCUGUCGAGCCAGUUGGAGGAGGAAAGGGCACGCCACAAGCAACUGUCUUCCAUGCUUGUUGUGGAGUGCAAGAAAGCCACUGCCAAAGCAGCUGAAGAGGGCCAGAAGACAGCAGAACUGAGCUUGAAAUUGGAAAAGGAGAAGAGUAAGGUGAGUAAACUGGAAGAGGAGCUGGCAGCCAAGAGGAAGCGGGGUUUGCAGAUGGAAGCACAAGUAGAAAAGCAGCUCUCAGAGUUUGACAUUGAAAGAGAACAGCUGAAAGCCAAGCUCAACAGAGAGGAAAACCGUACAAAAGCACUCAAAGAAGAGGUGGAAUGUCUGAAGAAAGCCCUGAAAGAGCUGGAGGCUUCUAGCCAGGAGCAGAGUCCCUCUGGGCCUGUGCAGCCCAGCCCCUCGGUGACAUCCAGGGGGGUGACGACUGACAGUCCCCCCGUGAGGUCUGUGUCCUGCCAGACCGAGGGUGUGCAGGCGGAGCGGGCCAGCCCUGCCAGCCCCAGCACCAGCAGCACCAGCACCAGCACCAGCACCACCAGCAGCACCAGCAGAGCUGCUCACGCCGUGUUUGCCAGCCCCUCCACACCUGCUCACUCCCAUGCCAAAUCCAACGGGCACUGUGACACAGACGGGCAGACGGCUGGGGACACAAGUGCUGCAGAGAGCCCAGCUGCCAGGGAGAAGGCUGCUGCAGCCUCAGAAAGCGCGGCGGAGAACGGGAGCUCUCCCGUGAGAACAGAGUCCCCGGUGCACCUGCCGGCCCAGCUCCCUGCCGGGGUGUCCCUGUCCCCCAGCAGCACAGCCGCCUCCUCCCUGACCCCUUCUCCCUGCUCCUCUCCCGUGCUCACCAAGCGCUUGGUGGGAGCCUUGGCCAGCAGCCCUGGCUACCAGUCCUCCUACCAGGUGGGCAUCAACCAGCGCUUCCACGCGGCGCGGCACAAGUUCCAGUCGCAGGCCGAGCAGGAGCACCAGGCCAGCGGCCUGCAGAGCCCCCCCUCGCGGGAUCUGUCCCCCACCCUGGCCGACAACUCCGCUGCCAAGCAGCUGGCCCGGAACACGGUCACCCAGGUGCUGUCCCGGUUCACCAGCCAGCAGGGCCCCAUCAAGCCUGUGUCCCCGAACAGCUCCCCUUUUGGCACGGACUACCGGAACCUGGCCAGCGCUGGCAGCCCCAAGGCCGAGCCCGGCCACUCCCCGGGCCCUGCCAAGGUCUCCAGCCCCCUCAGCCCCUUGUCUCCUGGAAUUAAGUCACCAACCAUUCCCAGAGCAGAAAGAGGGAACCCUCCACCCAUUCCUCCAAAGAAGCCCGGGCUGGCUCAGUCCCCUGCUGCUCCUGCUGCUCUCAGCAAACCCUGCCAGGCCUCCCUGGGUGCCCCCACGGACGUGAGCAGCUGCUCCAGCAGCACUGUCGUGUCAAAUGGCAAAGACCUGGAGAUCCUCCUGCCGAGCAGCAGCUAGUCUCCAGAAAACGGGAAUGUGACAUUCCACAGCUUAGCUUACCCUGCAGCUAAGACACUGUUUUUCCACUCCAUGUUAUUUAUUUCCAUAGUAGCAGAUUCUGUCUGUAUAAAACAUUUAGUAUAUUUUUUUCUUUUUAAUAGGUAGGAAAAUAUUUUUGUUUAUGAAGAAACCUUAACUACAGCUAUACAGUAGCCUCCAAAUGUCUCAUGGCAGCAGUCAAAUCAUUAGAGAUAAGAACCAUAAUCAUGUGGUGGGACCUAUCAACCUCUAAUGGGACUGAAAUGCUACUUUUAAAUUAUGCAGAAAUAAUUUUUGCAGACUUUUUACUCCAGAUGAACAUUUUAUAAAAGUGCCUGAACUAAGCCUGCAAUAUGAAUGUGAUUCUCGAGAGAAGGUGAGGAGGGGAACAUCUAGCUGCAGAAACAAAUUCUUCUGAGUCCUGAAUGUUGAAACCAACACUGGUUUUCCUUUUUAUUCUUUCCAUUUGCUGUGGUAAGUUAGCAAAUGGGCUACAAAUUCUGCAAGGUGACCACCAGAGCUUGCAGCCAGCCUUCAGCACAUAGCUCCCAGCUAUCUGGGGAAGCACACACGAGGUUCUUGGGGUCAAAUUUAGUUGUGAUAGCAUCCAGAUUACUUCUCUGUCAGCAUUCCUUGUCCAUUCCUUUCUGCUUUCCUGCCAAGAUGCCUGUGUGCUUUAAAUGCCUAAACUCUGGUCUGGUGGAUCACCUGGAAUCUCCAAGCUCUCCAAGCAUUCUGCUGAGAACAGAGAAAAGGAUCUUUCUGUUCCUUGACAAAGAUCUCACUGUUACUUGAAAAAGUAACUCAUCCAUACAAUACAGGUUUUUUCAACACCUGUAGCAUGAGAUCUUUGACUUUAAACAAAAGCAAUAAUUUUGUUCCUCAUCUGUGUCAGUUAAGUCUGACAGACCUGGAUUUUACCCACUAGCUAUGGCUAGCUUUCCUUGGCUGCAAAUACAGAACCAGGUCAUUGCUGCUGUGGAGCUGAGUGUGUAGAUCUGUCUAAGUGUCUCACUCAUACCUACUGAACACACAGUGUGUUAGGGAAAUACUGAUCUCUCCUUGAUCCUCUGCCCCAUAUGAAGAAAACAUGGCAAUUCACUGACAUCUUAAAAAAUUCCUCAGUGAGGAAUUGCCUAAAUUUGAGGCAGAUUAUGUGUGUGAAGAAGUAUUUGGGCCCAGGAGAAGCAGCUGAUUCCUGUGCAGAAGUGUUUUCUGCAAGAAAACCAGCAGGCACAGCACAGUGGUUUUCUGAGUCACUGUGCUGAGAAGUGCAGGACAAACACCACAGAUAGUGGCAGAGGCUGAGAAGUGCAGGACAAACACCACAGAUCAGUGGCAGAGGCUGAGGAGUGCAGGACAAACACCACAGAUCAGUGGCAGAGGCUGAGGAGUGCAGGACAGACACCACAGAUCAGUGGCAGAGGCUGAGGAGUGCAGGACAAACACCACAGAUCAGUGGCAGAGGCUGAGAGCACGACCCCGAGUUAAUGAUCUCGGGUGUUGGAUGUGAGCUGAUCCUAAAUUUAGAAACUGGACUCACUGCUGGUGAGCUGCAGCUCUGGGCACGUCCCUGGGCAGCAGAGAGGUUUGCACAGAGCUGCCAGGGCCAGCCACGCUCUCCUGUGUCCAGUGCCGUGUCCUGGACCAGGGUCCCUUUGCUGGCCACGGGAGGAUGCAGAGCUGUCCAGGCAGGGGUUCCUUGAGCCUGCAGGACACCAGGGCCCUGGGGUGGCUGCUGGAGUGACCCCACACAGCCAGGACAGGGCUUCAGAGGUUUGCACAGACCCUUUGGGAGCCUUUGAGGCAGUGGUAUUACGGGCUGUUCCUAGUCCAGUGGAACAGUUUGUGUAUUAACAGCAGGGGCACAGAGGCAGCCAGAGCUGAAAGGACAGUGACUCUUUUGGAAGCACAUUUAUUCCUUUUUUAACUAAGUGUCCGUGGCAGGUUUUUUUCCUCUUGCUGAGAGUAAAUAUAAAAAUGGAUGGGCAGAUGGAUUUUGGCCCACGUAUCCCUUCUGACUGAAUAGUGAGGCUUUUGUAUACACUGCUUUAAUGAGUUUCUUUGCUUUUACAUUAAUCUGACUGGUAUUAUCCCCUUUAUUGAUAGCUCUAGAGAGAGAGAUACUAUGAUGAAGUCUAAUAGGAAAUGCACUGAGUACUGUUUCUUCUAAAAUAUAAUAUGGGAAGGGGUAUGCAAAAGAAUGUAUUUUUGCUAGUAGACUAACUUCUGAAAGAAACUAAGCACAAGGGAUUAAAAUGAAUCCAACUAAUUCAGUAAGACAUUUAGAGUUAGUAUUUAACUGUUGAUGUAGAUUCUGUGUGGAAGCAACUAAAUAUUUCUUCUCUAGCUCACGUGUCCUAAGCAGACAUUGUUGCAGAGUUUGUCACUGGCUAAUGGAGUAUAAUGAAGUGCAAAACAUAUAACACUAGUAUUAAUUCAUUAACACUUGUAAAUUUGUAAAGCCAAAUGUACCAAGCUGAAGUCUUUAAUCAUUUUUAUAGCGGAUGGCAUUAAACAUAUUAAACAUUCAUAUUAUCAAUAAAGGAUUUUAUUUUUAA